AUGGAGAAUCAAUCUUCACUUCAGAGUUUUGGAGAGACAUAAAUGAAUAAUAUUUCAUUGUCUAAUCUCCAAUUUAAAUAGUAGAUAUUGAUAUUUUAAAAAGCAAAUGUAUUGUUUUUCUCAAUAAGAGUAGCUUGGAAUUGCAAAAAAUCAAAAUGUCUAAAACUUUUAAAUAAAUUAAUCAGAUAGAACAAUCGAACAAAGCUAUUCUAAGCUAAUCUAAAUAAUAUAAAAACAAGAGUACAAUUGCUAUUUUUGUAAAGACAAUCAACAUAAGAACCUAUUUAAAAUUUAAUGGAUGAAAUGAUAGACUAAAUUUGUUUUACUCAUUUGACUGUUGGAUUAUAGUAAGCCGAAGAAUUAAUAAAAAAUAUAUCUUAAUAUUCAGAAUCAUAACAACUUUAGAUUUAUAAUAAAGAAGCAAUUUUAUUAUCAAAUUUGAUAUAUCAAAUUGAUUGGCCAGAUGAAUUAAGUAUUUCAAUAGAGCAAUAUCAGCAUUAACUUAAUGAACUAACCAAUAAUAAUAAGGAUGCAUUAUAAAGGUAUUCAAAAAAAUACAUUUUUUUUAUUUAGUUUAGAAUAACACACUCAUUAGAUAAACUUAACAGUAUUAUAUACUUACAAUAGCUAAUAAAUUGGAGAAUAAAAAUUGAAAUUGACUAGAUAAAGAAUUUCAAAUUAUCAAAAUGAAUUGAAUUUAUUAAAAUAACAAAUUAUAUCAUUACAGGAUUAUUAAGUUGCUGAAAGUGUUGGGAAAGCAACUUUCAAUGAUUAUAGUAAUUAUUAAAAUUAUUUUUAUUAGAUAAUACCAUUACUGUUAUAUUUGAUAAAUAUUUGACUUCAUCUCCAAUAAAUUUAAGUUUAGAAUAUUUUGGUAAUCUCCAGAGAUUAAGAGAAGAACCAUAUGAUUUAACAACUUAACAGUGCGGUCUCAGGUCAGAUGUAUAUCAAAAGAGUAUGAUUGUAGGAUGUAUUUGAAAUGUAAAUGUGCCAUUAUUGUAAAGAGAUGGUUGAAGUUAAAAAUAUGAAAUAGUGUCAUUAUAAUCAUUUUUCAAUGGGUCUUCAUGAAUACAAUGAAGAUUUUUUGAUUUGUUAAAGAUAUUAAAUAAAUGCCAAAUAAACGCAAUAAUAUUUUCUAGAUUUAUAUUCUGAGAAUUACAUAAUAGAAAGUAUUAAUAUCAUCAAUAUAAUAGAUUAACAAAUUAUGUGUCAAAGAUAUUUUUGUUUAAAAUGUUUAAAGUAUGAUUUUGAUUCUUAUGAAAUUACAUCUUAUUUAUGGAUUUGUCCAUUAUGCAAAGUAUUAUUUUAUUAAUGGAUUUAGGGAUUGUGUACUUGUAUAAGAUGUGAAAGAAAUGAUAUGAUUUACAAAAUGAAAAGACAAUUCUUAGAGUUAAAUGGAGAUUUAGAGGAAAUUUAUAAAUCAUCUUACUUUGAGAGUUUGGUCAAAGAGAAAAGAAAACAAUUAUCUUAAAUAUCUUUAGAGUUUUUAAAAACUCAUAAAAAUGAAUAUGAAGAAAAUCUAUAAUAAAAGAAUAAUAAAAGAUAAUUUCAAAUAAAUUCAAUAAGAAAAAAGAUUAAAAAAGAUGAUUCACAUAUAGUUAAUAAAUGUCAUAAAAUUUAUUAAUUAGAGAGUUCAUCAUCUUCUCUUAAAAUAAAGAGAUCAAAAGAAACAACAUAGAAUAUAAUAAGUAGUCUAGAUUCAAUUAAUUCAUAAUUGUAUAUUUAAUGA